AUGGGGAACUGUGGAAAUGUGAAAAAAACAGAAUAAUUAUAAAUUUAUAAAUCAGAUAACGAUUUGUAUAAGGUUCUUGCUUCAUUAAAAGAAUUAGAUGAAGAAAUUUUCAGAGUAAUAUUAGACAUGUUAAAAAAUGAAAAAAUUUAAAACUGCCUAGAAUUUCUCUCAUAAGUUCAAAAUCGCAGGCAAGUUGAAUAAAAAAUACUAUAGGUGGAUAAUUCAUCACUAUUAGGUCAGGAGUUGAUGCUCAAAAUUGAAAGGAAGGACAUUAAAAGAAUAACAGACGUUCUCAAAAGAAUUAGGGAUCAUGAAUUUAAUAAACAUAAUUACUUGAUCGAUGAAUAUGAAGAAAUUAAAAAAUAUCUGUUCAUAAAAAUAUCCUAAGAUAAGAAGAUUAUAGAAUUACUAAAAUUUUUAGUACGCCUUUCAGCCUUUGAUGAGAGAUUCAUAUAAUGCGGGACGAAUUCUCUUUAUUUAUUAGUUUAAAUGAAGGUUGACUUGAAGGAAUAAUCUUUUAUAAAUAUAAGAAUUAGAAAUACUUCAUUAUUAGGAGCAAAUUUAGUGAGAUGUGACUUGAGUGGAUCUGAAUUUGAUAAUGUUAAUAUUACUGGGAUUAAUUUGAAUUAAGCAAAAUUAUUGAAUUGUAAGUGGAGGAAUUUAGGGAUUCAUGAGGGAAUUAUUUGGAAGGGUCAUGAUGAUGAAUUCAAGCAAGUUUGCUUUUCUCCAGAUGGUAAGACAUUAGCUUCUUGUAGUUAGAACAGUUAUAUAUAUUAUUGGAAUGUAAAAACAGGAAAAAUAAAGUCAUCAAUCAGGAGAAAGAGUGAGGUUAAUUCAGUAUGCUUUUCUCCUAAUAAUUAUACAUUAGCAUUAAGCAAUAGAAUGUUUGUUUAUUUAUGGAACCAUAAAACAGGAAAAUAAAUAUCAAAAUAAAUUAAUCAUGAAAAUUCUGUUACGAAAGUCUGUUUCUCACUUGAUGGAACUACAUUAGCAUCUGGUAGUUAAGAUAAGUCUAUUUGUUUAUUGGAUGUUAGGACAGGAAAAUACAUAUCUAAAUUAAUUGGUCAUGAAAAUUUUGUUACUGCAGUCUCUUUCUGUUCUUAGGGAACUACAUUAGCAUCUGGUAGUUUUGAUAAAUCUAUUCGCUUAUGGGAUGUUAAGACAGGAUAAUAAAAAGCCAAAUUAGAUGGUCACUCAUUAGGUGUUAGUUCAAUUUGUUAUUCUCCUGAUGGUAAUACAUUAGCAUCUGGUAGUUUUGAUACGUCAAUCCGUUUAUGGAAUGUAAAGACAGGAAAAGAAAAAGCCAGAUUAGAUGGUCAUUCAAAUUGUGUAUACUCGGUUUGUUUCUCUCCUGAUGGUGCUACAUUAGUAUCUGGUGCAGGAUCACAGGUGAUUUUAGAAGAUUUUUCUAUUUAUUUAUGGGAUGUUGGGACAGGAUAAUAAAAAGCCAAAUUAGUAGGUCAUUCAUAAAAUGUUUAUUCAGUAAAUUUCUCUCCUGAUGGUACUACAUUAGCAUCCUGUAGUAUGGAUAAUUCUAUCCGUUUAUGGGAUAUUAAAACAGCAUAAUAAAAACCCACUUUAGAUGGUCAUUCAAGUAAAGUGUUUUCGGUCAAUUUCUCUCCUGAUGGUUUUACUUUAGCAUCUGGUAGUUCAGAUAAAUCAAUCCGUUUAUGGGAUGUUAAGACAGGAUAAUAAAAAACCAAAAUUUUAGGUCAUUCAGAAGCUGUGUAUUCAGUCAAUUUCUCUCCUAACGGUACUACAUUAGCAUCUAGUAGUGGUGACAGCUCUAUUUAUUUAUGGGAUGUUGGGACAGGAUAAUAAAAAGCCAAAUUAGUAGGUCAUUCAUAAACUGUUUAUUCAGUAAAUUUCUCUCCUAAUGGUACUACAUUAGCAUCUUGUGGUAAGGAUAAUUCUAUCCGUUUAUGGGAUGUUAAAACAGGAUAAUUAAAAGCCAAAUUAGAAGGUCAUUUAAGUAAUGUAUUUUCAGUCAAUUUUUCUCCUGAUGGUUAUACUUUAGCUUCUGGUAGUUCAGAUAAGUCGAUCCGUUUAUGGGAUGUUAAGACAGGAUAGCAAAAUGCCAAAUUAAAUGGUCAUUUAGAUUGGGUAUAUUCAGUCGCUUUCUCUUAUGAUAGUAAUAAAUUAGCAUCUGGUGGUGGAUCAUAAUUUAGUGGUAAAGAUUGUUCUAUCCGUUUAUGGGAUGUUAAAACAGGAUAAUAAAGUGGCAAAUUAGAUGGUCAUUCUAGUUUAGUUAUGUCAGUCAAUUUCUCUCCUGAUGGUUAUACUUUAGCAUCUGGUAGUUCAGAUAUGUCGAUCCGUUUAUGGGAUGUUAAGAAAGGGUAGCAAAAAGCCAAAUUGGAAGGCCAUUCAGGUGGAAUUCUAACAGUCAAUUUCUCUUCUGAUGGUAUUAUAUUAGCAUCUGGCAGUGGAGAUAAGUCUAUCCGUUUAUGGGACGUUAAGACAGGAUAAUAAAAAGCCAAAUUAGAUGGUCAUUCAUCAACAGUUAAUUCAAUUUGUUACUCUCCUGAUGGUUCUACAUUGGCAUCUGGUAGUUGUGAUAAGUCUAUCCGUUUAUGGGAUGCUAAAACAGGAUAAUAAAAAGCCUUAUUUGGAGGUCAUUCGUCAACAGUUUAUUCAGUCCAUUUCUCUUCUGAUGGUAUUACAUUAGCAUCUGGCAGUGGAGAUAAGUCUAUCUGUUUAUGGGACGUUAAGACAGGAUAAUAAAACGCCAAAUUGGAUGGUCAUUCUGAUGGGAUUCGAUCAGUCAACUUCUCUCUUGAUGGUACUAAAUUAGCGUCUGGUAGUCAUGAUCAUUCUAUUCGUUUAUGGGAUGUUAAGACAGGAUAAUAAAUGGUCAAAUUAGAAGGUCUUGAAAAUUGUAUAAACGCAGUCUGUUUCUCUCCUGAUGGUACUACAUUAGCAUCUUGUGUUGGAUCAAGAUUGAGCAUUUCAAAUUUUUCUAUUGGUUUAUGGGAUGUUGAGACAGGAAAUAAAAAACCCAGUUUAUUUGGUCAUUCAAGUGACGUCAUGUCAGUCAAUUUCUCUCCUAAAGGUGAUAAGUUAGCAUCUGGUAGUUAUGAUAACUCUAUCCGUUUAUGGGAUGUUAAGGCAGGAUAACAAAUAUUAAAAUUAGAUGGUCAUUCAGGUGGAGUUCUAACAGUCAAUUUCUCUCCUGAUGGUACUAAAUUAGCAUCUGGUAGUGAUGAUAAAUCGAUUCGUUUAUGGGACGUUGAGACAGGUUAAUAAAACGCCAAAUUAGAUGGUCAUUCAGGUGGAGUUUUAACAGUUAAUUUCUCUCCUGAUGGUACUACAUUAGCAUCUGGUAGUAAUGAUAACUCUAUCCGUUUAUGGGAUGUUAAGGCAGGACAAUAAAUCUUACAUUAAGAUAACUGUUAUCAUCAUGCUUUAGUGAAAAUUUAACCUUCAACAUUUAAAAAUAAUGUACUUCCAGAUAAUGGUAUUUAUUGUUUUUCAAUUCUUUAGCCACGUCUAUUAUUACAACUUUAGUAAUUUCCUAAAAUAUAAAUUUCGAAGCUUAAGGAGCAUUAAUCUUGAAAGGAGAAUUUGUCAAUUAAUAAGGCAUAGACCUAAAAUCAAUAUUCAAAUAUAAAGGAAGCUGCAUUCUAGAAAACUAAUUAGUAUUAUAAAAACAAUCAAACUGA